UGUGGGUAUGUCUUGUACUGAAUUUACUUAAACCUUUUUCAGAUAAAAAUCAAUCACUCAACUAAAUAAAAUAUAUAUUUAAUUACAACUUUUGAAUUUUCCAUGUUUAUUCAGUAUUUAUUCACAAACCUUUAAGAUUUACAACUGAUUUUUAAAUGAGUGAGAAAAAACAUCUGCCUGUUCCAGUUCGGUUCAACAAGGAAAAUUUGGUCCGGACAACGUCAGUAGUUGGACGAGGCCAAUUUGCAAUUUCCUAUAUUUUGGGAAAAAUCGAAUUGGACAAUGGAAAUCAUUCCUUUAAACGUCGCCACAAAUCACCACCAAUUUUAAUAAAGUCAGUAAACAUGAAUGACAAUGAGCGAUGCUUCAAAGCUUUACGGAGAGAAAUCAAUAUAUUAGAAGACUUGAGACCACAGCGUCACAUUCUCAAUUUAAUUGGAGCAUGCACCACAGAUAUUCGAAACAGGAAUCUUGAUUUGGUUUUUGAAUUUUGUGGAAAUGGAAACCUCUUGAAAUUCAUGAGGCAUUGCAACCCAAGCUCAGAGUUUGAGUUUGAUUCCAUACGUUCCACAGUGACACAUACAGAAAGUGGGCCCGUGUUAACGCUAACAAGAUAUAGGCUUCUUCAGUGGUGCUAUGAAAUUGCUGCUGGAAUGACGUAUUUAGCGUCCAAGCAGAUUUGUCACAACGACCUAUCGGCGAGAAACAUAUUAGUAACUUUUCAGUGGAAUACAAAGAUUUGCAAUUUUGCCCUGGCACAGAAACAACAGGGACAGAUUAAUCAGCCACCCCCACACAAUUUACCCACGAGCGUGCUGCCUUUGAAAUGGAUGGCACCGGAGGCGAUACGUCACUUGAAAUAUUCUGAAAAAUCUGACGUAUGGUCUUUUGGGGUGGUUAUGUGGGAAAUUUGUUCUUUGGGUGAUGUCCCAUACCGAGAUUGGGUUGUAGACGCGGAUUUCUGGAAAACACUCUCCAAAUCACAAAGGCUUCAAAAACCAAGAUUUGCAACUGUGGACAUGUAAAGUCGGCUAUUAUGACCCUGUGCUGGGAAUAUAUGCCAGAUAAUCGACCCAAUUUCUCACAAGUGGCCAAGUCCCUGAAACGCUUAAUAAAACUAAAGGAGAAACAUGGGCGAAAUGAUGGGAACAACAGAGCAGUGAACAUUCACCACUUGCGAACAAUGUCUUCACAAUAAACUAAACCGAUAUGAACAAAAUAAAGAAAUCUACGCAUGUAUAACGCAGAUUAUUUGGGAAUUUUUCUAAUCUUCAAUGUACGUCUUAAUAUCAAAGGGUUAAAGUUUCAUGACUCACAUCGUCCAAAUCGACAACCUGGGACAAAGCGGCAAGCAUUAUAUAACUUCAUCCCUGUUAUAUAACUUCAUCCCAAGAAUUACUGAUAUUUGCUAUUCUUGGGAUAUUUAGUUUUGCUAAAAUUUGCAAUAGCUAAGAUCAACUUUAUCGUCUCAACUUUUUGCUUAAUUUUCUCGCCGCAAUAAUGGGCUCCUCAUCCAUCAAGAUUCGUGAACUAGUGAAAGACGCCGAGCCUUUCUUGUACCAAGAGUUUCUACUUCUUCGUCAUCACGUGCUUCGACUUCCGAUUGGAAUGGACCUAUUUGCAGAAGACUUGACCCUAGAAAACGAUCACAUUACAUUCGUGGCCAUGUCACAAAAUGACGUCAAGGGUGACGCCGAGGGUGAAAGAGUCGUAGGUUGCGUUAUGUUAGCGCCGUGCCGCGACGAUACGGAGAGCUUUCAACUGCGACAAAUGGCCGUAGCAACAGAUUAUCAGGGUCAAAGGCUAGGUGCCAAGCUUGUGGAGUUUGCCGAAAACUAUUCGAAACAGGUUGGCAAGAAGAAGAUAAUUCUCAACGGAAGGAAAACAGCGGUCCCAUUCUACCAGAAGAUGAAUUUCAAAUUGGUCUCAGAACAAGAGUUUAUAAUGUCUGGCAUUCCGCACUUUGCGAUGGAGAAAAUAUUGUAAUAAUAAAAAAUAUUGACUUUAUGCGUACAUCUUCCAUAUAAAUACAUGUGCAUAUAAUGGAGACUGGUAAAAAACUAUCUGUAAAUAAAUCAUAAAUAAACCCAUGA